CGCGUUUUCCAGCACUAACUCGCGGCCAAAGGAAUGCAAAUGAGAAUUGUAAAGAAGAAGAGCAAAAUAAUAGACCAAAGCAAUUAUUGCUGUUGUUAUAAUUAAAAAAUGUCUUCAACUUCGGCGGCUGCAUCAAAUGCAACGCCAGCAAAAACUGAAGUACGCUACGUGACAGAAGUGCCCAGCAGCCUCAAACAGUUAGCACGCCUGGUUGUCCGUGGCUUUUACUCGCAGGAGGACGCGCUCAUUAUAGACAUGCUUGUGAGGAAUCCCUGCAUGAAGGAAGAUGACAUAGGCGAACUGCUGAGGUUUGAGAAAAAACAGCUGCGAGCGAGAAUCACGACUCUGCGCACCGACAAGUUUAUACAGAUACGCCUGAAAAUGGAAACGGGUCCGGAUGGAAAGGCUCAGAAGGUCAACUACUACUUCAUCAACUAUAAAACAUUUGUAAACGUGGUCAAGUACAAGUUGGACUUGAUGCGCAAGCGCAUGGAGACAGAGGAACGGGAUGCGACUAGUCGCGCCAGUUUUAAAUGUUCCACGUGUUGCAAAACCUUCACAGAUCUCGAGGCGGACCAACUCUUUGACAUGGCAACGUGUGAGUUCCGGUGUACCUAUUGUGGCAGCUCCGUGGAAGAGGACAGUGCGGCUAUGCCAAAGAAGGAUUCACGUCUUAUGCUUGCACACUUCAAUGAGCAACUGCAGCCGCUGUACGAUCUACUGCGCGAGGUGGAGGGCAUCAAGCUGGCGCCAGAAGUGCUCGAACCGGAGCCCGUAGACAUUGACACAAUUCGCGGCAUAACCAAGCCGAAUGCACUGCGUCCCGAAGGACAGCAAUGGUCGGGAGAGGCGACGCGCAACCAAGGCUUUGCCGUUGAGGAGACACGCGUGGACGUUACUAUCGGUGGCGAUGACAGCGGAGACGCUGUUGUCGAGCGGAAAUCGCGACCUAUUUGGAUGACAGAGAGCACUGUGAUAACGGAUGCAGAUGCGGCUGAUGGUAGCGCCCACGCUGAGGUCGCCCAGUCGUCGAGCACGUCUGGGCAUCGCAAUAAGAAGGAGAACGAGGACAUUAUGUCGGUGCUGCUACAGCACGAGAAGCAGCCGGGACAACGCGAAGCGCACAUGAAGGGGCUGCGCAAAGGCUCCUCAAAUGCUAACUCAAGUGAUUCCAGCGACGAUGAGAACGACAUUGACAACACCAAAAUACCGAAUGUCAAUUUCGAUAAUUAUAUCAACUCGGAGUCGGAUGACGAUGAUGAUGAUGUACCCACGGUACUGGUGGCGGGACGUCCGCAUCCUUUGGAUCAGCUGGACGAUAAGCUUAUUGCACAGAUGACACCACAGGAGAAGGAAAACUAUAUACACGUCUAUCAACAGCACUAUAGCCAUAUAUACGACUGAUCCUUCACCCAAUUAGGCAUUAGGUUUAUAGUCUCAAUGUUAGCUUAAGCAUAUUAAAUUGGCGCAUGACGCUAAGAAGCA